AUGUCAGUAGUUCUUCAGGCAGACUCACCACAAGCAAAACAGCUGGAACAGUUAGUUCUAGAGAAUAUCGGUACUUUUGGGAUUGAAGACGAUCCUGAUUUCAUUGCCCAGUAUAUUGUGUUGAUGAUUACAAACGGUAAAACUGAAAACGAGAUAUCUGAAGAAUUAGGUGGUCUAUUAGGUGACAAAUUUAGAGAUGGAGAGUUUUCGCGAUGGCUAUUUCAAAAUGCCCAAUCUAUUGUUUCUGGGGCUACAGAUAGCAAUAUGACUGAACAAGAGCAACAGCCUAAUUCAGAGCCUGUUUAUGGCGAAUAUGACAAUAAUAGCACAAAUCAAGGUAGCGGCUUACGAAGUAACGCCAAUCUAGCAAACUCGGGUAAUUUCAAUCCAAGAUCAUUCAAAGGCGGAUUUAAAAAUAAUAUCAAUGGUGGAAUCUCGAAAAAUUCCAAUGGUGGCAUGAAAAUCAGAGGCGGUGCUGGAUUCAAAAGAAAUGGAGGUUUCAACAGUCAGAAUGUCGCGCUAGCUGCGUCUGCUGGAAAUUUCAAUAUUGGUGGUAUGGGCAGUGGCUUCAUCGCCCCGGGAGAAAAUGGGGCUUAUCAAGCUGACAACGCUAUGGAACUUGGUAAUGCGUUCAGGCCACGCUUAAUUAUGGAGCGAUGUGAAAACUGGCCGAAUUGCCCUAAUUAUCCUUGCGAGUAUGUUCAUCCGUCUCGUCCUUGUAAGAUGUACCCGAACUGUCAAAAGCAACCAGGGAAGUGUAAUUUUGUUCAUAUUGGAGAGGAUGAGGGACCAAGUACAGGAUUCAAGUUUCCACUGCCCCCUCCUGAUGUUUUGGAAACUCUUCGAGAGCAACACGCGAGUUUCCUAGAGCAGCAAAAGAACUUGGCUUCGCAAGGGUAUUCUUAUUUGAAUAAUCAGCAAAAGCAUCAAUAUGUGCCUAAAGCACCACCUAUUGUCCUUUGUAAAUAUGCUGAUCGGUGUAUUAAUAAGGCCUGUCCAUGCGGGCAUCCAACUCCUGCCAAUGAUAAUGCAAAAGUUACACAGUUAGAAUGGUGUGCAGAUUCCAAAAAUUGUCAAAAUGUUGAAUGCGAUAAAGCUCAUCCGUCGGGAAGUCUCGUAAGGGUUCCUGCACCCCUGCCAACUGAACGAUCUCUGGAAACUUGUAAGUUUGGUGCUCGUUGUACAAACACAAAUUGUCGUUAUCGUCAUCCUACUAGCCCAGUUCUCUGUCGUGAUGGGGCCGAAUGUACACGUAUCGACUGUAUGUUUACUCAUCCCACUCAAGAAAUGUGCAGGUUUGGUGUCAAUUGUAGGAAAUACAACUGCCGUUUCCAACAUCCGGAAGGUCAUGGUACUACGUCAGCUGUUUGGGUUAAGGACCAGAAGAAUACCGGUUCAACUAGUGAAAGACAAUUUGCUGAAUCUGAGGAUCAAGUAAUGGAGACAAUUAUCCCGGCUGCCGAACAGCCUGCCAGCUAA